AACAGUAGCAGGGGUUUUCAAUGGGCCGCGUACCCCUCCCUUGCCUUUUGAGCGCAUGAGGGAUGUGAUGCUAUUACAUCAAUGGACAGCAGCGCUCCUCGCGUCCAUAGCUCGGGGGAAGAGGUUCUGUGUAGCAGCAGUACCGCUGGCUACAUAUCUACCGCGCAAAUCAGCUGCGUCAUACCUGCACCGUUCCAGCUGCCUUAUUAAACUGUGCCUCUCCUUCGAGCUGGUGUCGGUAUUGUCGCCGUGUCUGUUUUUUGAUUCGCUUUCAUCGCAAAGCAGAUUAUACAUCACAAGGGGUCACAUAGCCUGAAAAAAAUGGUGAAAUUGGGAAACAAUUUUUGUGAAAAGAAUAACGCGAAGCCCGUCUCUGAAGAUGGAUUCGACACCAUUCCCCUCAUAACACCUCUAGAUGUCAAUCAACUGCAGUUUCCCCCUCCCGACAAGGUGGUUGUGAAGACCAAAACAGACUACGACGGUGAUCAUAAAAAAGGCCCAUUCCGUUCGCCUAAAAUUGCCGAAUUCACAAUAAGCGUCAUCGAAGGCGUAUCCGAGCGACUUAAAGUGACCCUCUUGGUGAUCUGUGCGCUGGCUUUCUUGGUGUGUGUCGUGUUCCUGGUCGUCUACAAAGUGUACCAGUAUGAACAGCCCUGCCCAGAGGGGUUUGUAUACACGAACCGCUGCAUGCCGGCUGGAGUGUACAGCUACUACCCUCCGCAGGGGCCUGGCGGCCGCGGCAAGCUCUUCACCAUCAUCAACCACUACAACCUGGCGAAGCAGACCAUCACACGCUCCGUCUCGCCCUGGAUGACCAUCAUGGCUGAAGAGAAGGUCUCACAGCAGGAGACCGAGACCUCGCAGAAGCUGGCCUAGAGGGGCACACACACACACACACACACACACACACAUACACACACCCAAACUUGCACAAAUGCUAACACAGAUAUGCUGAUAGACACAAAUGCACACCAGUGGCCACACACACAGAUACGAAUUAACACACCCAAAGUAAUACACACAAUGUCACUGUGAUCCAAACUCACCAACACAUUCAUAUGCACAUUGAUAACCUAAACACUCACACAGACACACUGAUGCAUAAAGACACACUGAUACCUACAUGCACUGAUACACACUAACAUACCCACUCUAAUACACAUACAUUCAAACACUGAUCCAUGCAAAAACAGGGAUGCACACACACACACACACACACACGCUCACACAGAGAUGCAUACACCCUGACACAAGUACACACACACAUGCAAAUAUACAUGCUAAUGCAGAGAGAUGCAUAUAGUCUGAUACACACACACACACACACACACACACACAGAUGCAGAAACAUACAGGAAUGUAUAGAGACUGAUGCACACAAACACAGUCAAAUUUAAUCCCUUAGUCACUCCAGCUGUGCACAUUUACUGAUGAGGAGAACGCUUUAUCUCCUAACCUCAGAUAUAACCAUGGCAGUCCACGGAGUGAGAUUCAAACUAUGUACACACCGGUCUGUAACACUACAAUGCAAGCACGGUUCCAACUGAAGCAUUUUCUUCUUAACCUUUAAAUAUUACCCAUCAUUCAGCCGGGAGCAAAAUCCAGCGGUCAGUCCACUCCACACUGCCAUAUGCUUGAUACAUCAGGGCUGCACAGCUCUGGCCCAGCCAGAUCCAAAACCCUGCUGGGGUUUUAAACCUACCCCUCUCUGUAGCAAAGACAAGGUAUGAACUCCACCCACCUCAUCUAACACGUCAAUCCAGCUCGGGGAAGUGGGAUUGCUCAGCCCUUGUCCCUGUCAGACCAGAGCUGUGUACCCCUGCAGUUGAGAUAUAAAGAUACUGACACCUCAUUGUGACAUCAUAAACCAACUCCACUGAAAGUCCUCUAUUCAUGUCCACUAUGUCUGCCCCCAUUGGUUGGAACUGAAGUUGUGAUGGCUGGGGCUGGGCAGGAGUACACACAGCAUAGUGUAAUCUGAUCUCUCUUGUAUUUAUUACUGUCUGUUGAGGGCCUGCAGGUCCUUUUUGUUCUGUUUUGUCUCUCUGUUAUCUUUUCCUUCUCUCGUCCCAUCUGCUACUGUCCACUGCACUGCUGAGCCACGCAGACGGCCCCUGUUCGAUGUGAUGUUUCACUGCUGCCAUAGCACCACGUGGCCUCUGUCCCAUGGCGUGUAACUCUCAGUCAGAACUGAGACAUCAUUGGCUGUCUGAAUAAGAGGCCUGCCCAUCAGUAUCUGCUGUCUUUUCAUAAGGAUGGAGAGAACUUUCAACUCUGCUUAAAAGAAUGAAAAAAAAAUAGCUUAGUCUGCUCAUAUUGCCAUCAAAUGUAUUUUGGGGGGAAUAUGCUAAUAAUUUAUUGUUUUGAAAUCAAAUUUAAACUUGAAACUAAUAAAACCCUAGUAAAACGUGCACAUUUGUAGCAU